AUGGGAAGCGAGUCCAUGACUACAGGUGAGGAGAGGGGCUGGGAUUUUAAGGAGGAGCUCGUGAAACUAAUUCCGAACGACCCGGGCCCAGACGGAUGUCACCAAUAUAACACAGGAUAUAGGGGUUGUUUAUUAGCUUGGGGUUGGAACCAGGUUGAAGACAGGACAAGAUGGAAAGCCAAUGCCCAAGGGGUAGGGGGCAAGGCUUGGACGUUCGAUUGGCCUAUGGCAGGUCUGGUCUGCAAAGGCAUUCAGGAGUGGGCCGCAUCUAUGACGAAGAACGCCGGAGGAAAAUGGCAGGAGGGAGCGGCAAAGGGAGGAACAGAAAGGAAACCAACAAAAUGCAUUGCCGAGAAUACGCAGUAUGCUAUCCCAAAAUCUCUGAAAAGGUGUAUCUCAGAGGAGAAAUACUUGCAUUGGAAGAAUACAUCCCAAACAACACACAGUAAGUGGAAAGCAAAUAAUAAGGACGAGGUUUCGUUAUUGAUGUGCAUGGACAUGGUAAGCAUAUUAUAUGAGGCCGAUAAGGCACAGAGGAAGAUAAAGAGUGAACAUGAAGGAGAUAUCUUAUGCCAGAGAAUCUAUGAGGCUUUUGAGGCCUGGGGAGGCAGCCAAGCAGCAUACCGGAUAAUGCGGUUUUGGUUAAGUCCAACCAAGGGCGGCAAUAAGAUUGGAAGACAGCAGCUGGAUAUAGGGUACCCGUUAAUAAUGGAGGUUCCCAAAUAUGUAAACGAGGUUAACAACGGGGCAGGGUGGGCCUGUACCUUAGAUAGCGGGGCACACACAAAAGGACAAGGGGGAGGAUCGAAGUGGAAAAUGGUAACAGCGAGGGGAGACCAGUGGAUCCAGCCGGGGACAUAUGGACCUGGCAGUAGUGAGAAAGACAUGGGGAUAUGGCGGGAGUAUAUUAGGACGCGUUGGGAGUUGUUAAGGCACAGGGACGACUAUAAGCGUGAGUGUUUAGAGUAUCAUAAGGGGACGGAGUCGUACUGCAGGAUAAGAUACGACGAGAAUGUUGCCUCACUCUGUGAGGAAGUAUUGGAAAGGGAAAACACGGGAGAUAACGAAGGAGAUGGAACCGUCAAGGACAUAGCUCAAUGGUGCAGACAACAAGCAGGGAACGAACUAUGGAACGUCCAGGAGGGGAAGGGACUAGAAAGGUUUACCCAGUAUUUGAGCCGGAUCAGCAAUCACAAUGGGCAAAUCCGGGAGGUCCUGGAAGGACCAGUCACAGCAGCUAUAGGGGCAGGAAUAGCAGGCGUCAUAAUAGCGGGACUACUCGCAACAGUAGCUGUAUAUGGUCUUAUGAGGAUAACCAACCCAAGAAUAGGAAGAGGUAGAGGGGGGAGAAGCAGAAAUCUCAAGUAUGGAGCCGUCUCCAAGGAAAUAAAAGCAGAUGGCAUAAGUAAACAAGAAAGACGGUGGAUACCGGGGGAACCGAGGAUGGGAGACCACAACACUGGGGGAAUCAACAGCACGGAAGGAGGACAAUGUACCAGCACCAACAAGGAAGAUACGCAGGUACAAACUGACGGAUCCAAGAGGAUCAGUGGAAUAGAAAGACCAGGAGACGAGACUCGUGAGGCCCACUAUGGACGCAGGGGCUGA